GCCGCCCCUCCAACAUGUACUUCCAAACGCACGAUCAGAUCGGGGUGAUCAGCGCCGGGCCGAGCCACGUCACCGCCAUGAACAUUCCGAUCCCGUUCAACCUGGUGAUGCCGCCGAUGCCUCCGCCUGGAUAUUUUGGACAGGCCAACGGGCCAGCUGCUGAAAUCGCAGUGGACGAUAUUUAUCAGAAGUGCUGGAUGAAGAACUGGGCCAGCUGCAUCCAGGGGAGGGGGAGGCCAGGCCGGGCCCGGGAGCCGUGUGACGUCAAGGCGAGCGAGGGAGGCAGCGCUGCCAGGCAGAGCGGCGAUUCGCAGCCGGCGCGGACGUCGGCGGAGGAGGAGGCCGGCGAGGAGGCAGCAGCCAGCCAGGCAGCCAGCCGCCCGGCCAUGGUCUCCAGCCUGGCCUCCAUCCUCGACGGGGCGGGCGAGUACCGCCCGGAGCACAGCCUGGGGGGCCCGCUGCACCCGGCCAUGAGCAUGGCCUGCGAGUCGCCGUCCGGGAUGAGCACCUACACCACGCUGACCCCGCUCCAGCACCUGCCGCCCAUCUCCACCGUCUCGGAGAAGUUCCACCACCCGCACGCCCACCACCACCAUCACCACCACCACCACCACCCGCACCAGCGCCUCUCGGGGAACGUCGGCGGCAGCUUCGCCCUCAUGCGCGAGGAGCAGCGCAGCCUGGCCGCCUCCAUGGGCAACCUCUACGGCCACUACCCCAAGGAGAUGCCGGCCAUGGGCCAGCCCCUCUCGCCCCUCUCCAACGGCCUGGGCUCCCUGCACAACAGCCCGCAGAGCCUGGCCCCCUACGGGCCCGGGGGCCACCUGGCCGGCGACAAGCUCCUCUCCCCCAACGGCUUCGAGGCGCACAUGCUCUCCCGCGGCGAGGAGCACCUGGCCCGCGGCCUGGCCGGCCCGGGCUCCGGCAUGAUGCCGGCCCUCAACGGCAUGCACCCCGCCCACGGGCUUUUUCAGGCCGGCGGCUCCGGGCAGGUGGAGGAGAUCAACACCAAGGAGGUGGCGCAGCGCAUCACGGCCGAGCUGAAGCGCUACAGCAUCCCGCAGGCCAUCUUCGCCCAGCGGAUCCUGUGCCGCUCGCAGGGCACCCUCUCCGACCUCCUGCGCAACCCCAAGCCCUGGAGUAAGCUCAAGUCCGGCCGGGAGACCUUCCGCAGGAUGUGGAAAUGGCUGCAGGAGCCCGAGUUCCAGCGCAUGUCGGCGCUCCGACUGGCAGCUUCUCGCUGCCGCCGCCUGGUCGACCUCCAGUACCUCCGCCUAGUUCGUGUCUCUAUCUACUCACCUACCUGGAGAGUCAUACCUCGGUUUGAGCCACCAACCUGCCUCCGAUACUCUGCAGAGAAGAAAGCGCCUCCUCUCCGAACCCUUGAUGGGAUGAUCAACCUGCCUUCGGCCUUUCAGUUGCAUAUUUCAAACGAAUGA